AAAUGCGCAUACCCCCCUUUCAUCUUCACUAACAAAUCACAAAACUCACACACGAUCGAAACCCUAGAAUCACAAAAACAAUAACCUGAAAUCAAUAAACCUAAUUUCACCAAAACUAUCAUCUCCUUAACCUUUUGGAUGAUCAAUUUCCACAACUCAAACAAUCCUACAAAUUCAACAACCAAUGGGAGCCAGUAGAAAGCUUCAAGGUGAGAUCGAUCGAGUUUUGAAGAAAGUUCAAGAAGGCGUUGAUGUUUUCGACAGCAUAUGGAACAAGGUUUACGACACUGAUAAUGCGAAUCAGAAGGAGAAAUUUGAAGCAGAUUUGAAGAAAGAGAUUAAGAAACUUCAGAGGUAUAGAGACCAGAUUAAGACAUGGAUACAGUCCAGUGAGAUCAAGGAUAAAAAGGUUAGUGCCUCUUAUGAGCAGGCUUUAAUGGAUGCGCGCAAGCUUAUUGAGCGUGAAAUGGAACGGUUUAAGAUUUGUGAGAAGGAGACAAAGACAAAAGCUUUCUCUAAGGAAGGCCUGGGACAGCAGCCUAAAACGGAUCCAAAGGAGAAAGCCAAGUCAGAGACCAGAGACUGGUUGAACAAUACGGUGUCUGAGCUGGAAUCUCAAAUUGAUAGUUUUGAAGCCGAGAUGGAGGGGCUGUCUGUUAAGAAAGGAAAGGCAAAACCUCCUAGAUUGACACAUUUAGAAUCAUCAAUUACUCGUCACAAGGCUCAUAUAAUGAAGCUAGAGUUGAUAUUGAGGCUGUUAGAUAAUGACGAAUUGAGUCCUGAGCAAGUUAAUGACGUUAAGGAAUUCAUUGAUGAUUAUGUGGAACGAAAUCAGGAGGAUUUUGAUGAAUUUGAGGAUGUAGAUAUGCUAUACAACACCUUAUCAUUGGACAUGGUAGAUGCAUUAGAAGAUCUGGUUUCCAUUGUGCCACCUGGUCUUGUUAAGGGUGUUGGUGCUACCAGUGUUGCUCUAAGUAUGAAAAAUUCUGUGUCUUCACCUUCUGUUCAAUCACCGGUAGCUACAGUCCCGGAUCAAGUCGAGGAAACGCUGUCUCACGACAAUAGUUCAGAUCACGGGCCGAAGACCCCAGCUCCAAAAGCCAGUACAAUCUUGUCUUCUUCUCCAUUGCCAGUUGGCACUCAUGCAGCUACUCCUGUUGCUGCUGCUGCUGCUUCUUCAAUCCUUACAGGUCAAAGUCCUGCCAGGGGUAUUUUAGACAAUACAGUCUCCACCGUUCCUUCUUCACCCGUUAGCAAGGAAGAAGACGUUGGAGGAUUUCCUGGUCGUAAAUCAUCUCCAGCUUUUAAUCUGGGUAGAGGCAGUUUGACUUUGACAAAUCCGUCUUCAAUUACUACCAGUAGUAAUAUUUCUACCAAUAGUGUUGCUGUUGCUCCUUCGGUUUCUGAGAGAGUUAGUGGCAUGGUACACCAAUCACCGGUUUCGUCUUUGAGUAACAGAAUGAUGUUGUCGCAAGGUGGCGCCAAAACCAGUGACGGUGGUGAUAAUGGCAACGGUGGUGACGCUAGUGGUAUGACCCCUAGAGUCUUCUCACCUUCUGGAUUACAGUGGAGGCCUGGAAGUCCCUUUCAAAAUCAGCAUGAAGGGGCACGUGGGAGACCUGAAAUUGCGCCAGAUCAGAGGGAGAAGUUUCUGCAGCGUUUUCAGCAAGUGCAGCAACAAACUCAGAGUAAUACUCUCCUUAACAUGCCUCCGAUUUCUGGAGGAAACCACAAACAAUUCUCAGCACAGCAGAGUGCUCUUUUGCAACAGUUCAAUCCUCAAAGUUCAACAGUGUUGCCACAAGGUGGGUUGGGUGGAGCAUUGUCUGCAGGUCCUAACAAUGUCACAUCUGCACAACAACCGAGUUUGAUUCAUUUGCAGUCUGGUCAACAGACAUUUAUGCCCGCUGGAUCUAAAGAUACCGAAAUUGGCAAUGCAAAGGCUGAUGAGAUGGAGCAACAGCAAAACCUGCCCGAAGAUUCAGCUGCUGAUCCGGCUCAAAUUGCUGGAAUUAACAAGAAUGCUGCGAAUGAGGAAGAUUCAAAGGUGUCAUACGCAUCAGAUAUGCAGGGCGGAGCAUCUGGGUCCAUGACCGAGCCUGCACAAAGUACACGCGAUGUUGAUCUGUCACCUGGACAGCCUUUACAACCGAAUCAGUCUGGUAGCCUUGGUGUAAUCGGUAGAAGAAGCCUUUCGGACCUCGGUGCAAUCGGAGACAACCUCGGUGGGUUACCGGUGAACUUAGGUGGCACUCACGAUCAGCAAUACAACCUACAGAUGCUCGAGGCUGCCUUUUACAAACUUCCGCAACCUAGAGACUCUGAACGGGCCAAGAGUUACACUGCAAGACACCCUGCUGUGACACCUCAAAGCUAUCCUCAAGUACAAGCUCCGAUUGUGAAUAACCCGGCCUUUUGGGAUCGUCUUGGAUCUGAUAACAUCGGCACCGAUACCUUAUUUUUUGCAUUCUACUAUCAGCAGAAUACUUAUCAACAGUAUCUGGCUGCCAAAGAGUUAAAGAAGCAAUCAUGGAGGUACCAUAAAAAGUACAACACGUGGUUUCAACGACACGAGGAACCAAAAUUUGCCACUGAUGAUUUUGAGCAGGGAACAUACGUGUACUUCGAUUUUCAUAUUGGCAACGAUGAGAUGCAAAAUGGAUGGUGCCAAAGAAUCAAGACGGACUUCAAAUUCGAGUACAACUUUCUUGAAGAUGAACUAAUCGUGUAAAUACAGAAGAAUUUGAUGACAUGGCUGCUAAAGCGAACCCCUUGCCAUUUAGAUUCAGAUGGUGUCGUCUUAUUCAGCAAUUAAAUGUCGUUAGCUUUCAAUUUGAAUGUGUGUAUCAUACCGCUAAUGAUAACACCUUAAAGGCUUAAAUUAUGCUCCCUUGUCUUCAUAGGUAUACUUAUACAGUUGUUAUUCUUACUGUCAUGAUUGAAGAUUUUAAUCUAAAUAGGUGACAUAAAUCAUUUGAUAUGA